GAGAAGUUAAGCAGAGCAGAGAAGGAAGGGCGGAAAGUAGGGGCAGAACUGCCUCGCCUACUGGGUGGUCGUGAAGUGGUUAAGAGGUUCUACAUGCAAGUGAUGGCCCACUGUGGUGGGGAGCUUGUGCGUGUGCGUGUCUGUGCGCUGCUGGUCCGCUCUUAAUGCGCGCGCGGCACAGUGUUGGAGACGGAGGGAAAGGCCCAGAGAGGGAGAAGUUGUGGAUGAUGUAGAGACCCUGAUGCUUGGUUUUAAAGAGUCUGUUUCUCUCUUCUUCUUCUUUCUUUUCGUCCCCCUGCCGCAGUCACUUUGAUAGGAAGGUAAACUAAACAUGGAGUUGUUGUGCCACGAAAAGGAACUCGUCGUCAAGGCUCUGCUGGACCCCAGCGUUUACAGCGACGACAGAGUGCUGCAGAACCUCCUGACGGUCGAGGAAGCGUUUCUCCCACAAGCUUCUUAUUUCCAGUGCGUGCAGAAAGAAGUACAGCCUUACAUGAGGAGGAUAGUCGCCACUUGGAUGUUGGAGGUUUGUGAAGAAGAGGAGUGUGAGGAAGAAGUUUUUCCUCUGGCUGUCAAUUACCUGGACCGAUUUCUUUCUGCCAUGCCAACCAAAAAGUCGUGUCUGCAGCUUCUUGGUGCCGUCUGCGUUUUCCUUGCGUCCAAAUUGAUAUCGUCCCAUCCCAUCUCCGCCAAAAAACUCUGUUUUCACACGGACAACUCCAUCACUUCACAAGAGCUGCUGAACUGGGAACUGAUCGUUCUGGGAAAAUUGAAGUGGAACCUGGCAGCUGUCACACCUCACGACUUCAUUGAGCAUAUCCUGCUCAAGCUCCCCUUACCUAAGGACAGAGUGAAGCUGAUUCGAAAACACGCACAGACUUUCAUUGCCCUUUGUGCCACAGAUCACAGCUUUACGAUGUACCCUCCCUCCAUGAUCGCCACGGGGAGCAUCAGCGCGGCGGUGUGCGGACUUCAGAUCAACUGCACGGGGAGCAGUGUUUGUGGGGAGAGCGUGACUGAACUGCUGGCCAAAAUCACCCAUACUGAAGUAGAUUGUCUGAAUUCAUGCCAGGAGAAGAUCGAGCAAUUGUUGGCCAGCAGCCUCAGAGAAAGCCAGCAGCACAAGCAUCAGGAGGGCAGGGCCAACAACAAAGAGGCGGAGCCUCAGAGCCAGUCUUGCACCCCGACAGACGUGCGCGACAUCAAUCUAUGAUGUCUUUACAUGCUCAUAACCAGCAGGAUUCCUUGAUCUGGUGGAAACAAAAGGAAUUUUACGUAUCCACUUUAUUAUAGCUAAUAAUUUUAAAAAUCAAUAAUAUAUUCUUAUAUACAUCAGAGUUUAAUGUAGUGUUUGAAGUACGUAAAAUACAGAAUAUUUCAUAAAUUAAUAAGAAGAAGAAUAAUAAAGGAGAAUUUAUGCUUAUGUACAAGUAUACUUGAAAAACUAAAAUUGCUAUUAUUAUUAUUAUUAUUAUUAUUAUUAUUAUUAUUAUUUUUGUGUUAAACCUAUUCUGUUUUAUGACUGUCUCUGUUUAUCUGAGGGAGACGCGUAUUGUGCACGCUAGCCACGUUUCGAGUGAACAGGAAAGCUGCACUGCUGUGAGUGUCGAUCCCCCACAACCAUUUUUUCAGCCAAAUUUGUUACCAGCUAAAGACCAAAGCUGCCCCACAGAACAGCAGUGUGUCUGUGAAGGCAGGACUGAGCAUUUGUCUAGUGGAAGCAGGAAGGAAGAAUCCUAGUAAACUCCCAAUUAAUGUCCGGUUGGACGUUUACAAGUUUUUAGCGUUGGUGAAAGAACAACACUGCAGAUUCAGAAGAAGGUUUAGGUUUAGUUUCAGUGGGAUUCCUGCAAGUAAAUAAGGUUGAGAGAAAGAUGAAGUGAGCGACAAUGGGAAAGGAAAAGCAAGUCAGUGAAGGUGUGAUGGUGGAAUCGCAGUAGUGGUGUCGAGACUAAGAGGCUAUUCGAGGACGUGGACAUCAGGAACGUAGCAUUGUCUAACCUGUAGAAGUGAAUGUGUUUAAAAAUGUUGGAGCAAGUCCACCGACUUUACACAAGGGAUCAGUUAUUGAUUAUUUCUUGCUGAGGCACAGGGAGGGAGUUUGGGCAGUUUGUAUAAAAUUAGAUUAUAAGAUUAUAAUUCGCAAAGCAAAAAAAGGAAAAUCCGACUGCACUUUUUUCAUUAUUCUAGAAUUAUUACCAUGUACAAGGAAAUGAAUAGAGCCUAUUUUUUUUCUAAUUAGUUCUUUUUUUAUUAUUAUUAAGUUAUUGUUUGUUUUGGGGCUGGUUUCCCAUCGUGUUGGGUAUACUUGCAGGGUUUACUGGUAAGCGUUACCCAAAGGUAGCAAUCGAAAAGUGCUAAAAUCGUAAAACCUCCAUUUUUUUUUCCUCCAAUGAUUUGCACCGUGCAGGUUUAGAUAGCAUAUUAUUACAUUGAUCUCGUAGUUUUUGUAGUGGUUUUUAGCGUUGUUGCUGUCUUAACAGCUCAUUAUUGUAAACGUUUGUGUUUUGUUUUUUGUUUUUUGUUUUUUACGCAUUUACAGUACUUGAAUUUCACCCUUGCUGAUUCACCUCAAUACAAUGCAUCAACUUACUGCAGUUCAAUUUCUAUGCAAACAUUUAUUUAAAAAAGAAAAGUUACAUUUAUGACAAAUCCAUGUACUAAUAUGCUGUUAUGCGUUAAUUUACAUUCCAGAAUAUUUACCUUAUAUAAGGAAUACUGUAUUCUUGAGACCAUAUCCGCUUCUCUCUCCAGUUUUUUUUUCUUUCUUUUUUUCUUUAAUUUUUUUCCCCUUUCAUUAGAUUCUCUCUGAACAUCUUUCGAUAUGCUGCUAAAAGAAAAAAAAAAAGAGCUUUUUUUUUGUCUUACACCGACGGAAUUGUCUGCGUACGUUCCACUUUGUGUGCUGCUACUACAGGAUUAUUUUUGUAUGCUAGCUUGGCUUGAUUUUUAAGGACCUUUGGAGUGGAAGGUGAAGCAGGAAGCAUGUUCCCACUUGGGUUUCAGGUGCUAGCGCUCAGCAUCCCAUCAUGGGCCUUUCUGCACGCCUGCUGCUGUUGUGUUUCUGCUAUGAAUUCGAUUUUUGGCGUCUUGACAGCAUUAAGGAAAACACGAAUGCUUGCUGCUUCAUGUCUUCAUUGUAAGUUGAUCAGGGAGCUCCUGCUGCCAGAUGUAUUGCAGCAUUGGCUGCUGUCGUUUUUCUUGUCAUUUGUUUUACGUUUGGCUCUCAGAUCAGGCCUUGUAAAGUCACUGAUGUAUGACUUUCAACAAUGAGGCCUGUUCACAUUCCAGUCCUGAUCUGGUGUUUCAUCUGUGAUAGGAGCAACGUAUUACACAUGUGUGUAUUCCUGAGGUCUUAUUUUUAUUUACUUUUUUUGGUUUUGUUUGUUAGUUUUUUUUUAAACUUUCUCUCUUCUAAAGGACAUUUUCCCCUAAAUCACUGUCUCAGCAAAGACAUUGUCUAUUUUUUGUUUUUUUAUAGCUUUGUUAUAAACUUAGUUGUUUGUCUUGCCAGACCUUCUCUUCCUCCACCUUUCUCUAUCAUACUUUGUUUGGCCACAUUCAAUUCUAUAUCUAGUGAAGAUAAUAUAAAAAGACUUGAGCAUUAAAUAAGAACUAUAUCUUUUAUACAUGGUAUAUACGUUUUGAUCUUUUAUAUGUAUUGUAUGCUAAAAUUGAUUACAGCGUUGUGUUAUGAUACAAUUUUCAGCUGAAAUCAAAACCAAAGUUUUGGGAAAGAUAUAGUUAAAUUUUAUUAAAAAUGUUCAGGGGUCUUUUCUCUGUUCAAUAAAGUUUAUCGGGACACA